AUGGCUUCUACUCCGCUGUAUGUGGAUUCCGGUGGCGACGUUGCCGAGCUGAUGGGCGAAGGUGCGCGUCUGAAGAAGGCCGCCCGCACGCUCAGCCUAACAUUUGCAACCUCCCCCGACAGUCCACUCGAUGGUUCGCUGCACCCAUCGCUACAGGCCGUCAAGGUCGCUGUAUCUGCCCCCCUCAGAACACUAACACGCCGUUUGACACAACCGCUGGCUCCGAAGGACGAACAGCAAACGAUUACCGAUAAGCAAGUCUCCACCGAGGAGCGUCUCUUCAAAGAGGCCAUGAAAGAGUACGAGAGCACGGCCAAGCCAAAGUACCGCACCGGCAUCGACCCAGAAGCCACGCACACUUUCAAGGAGCUUGAAUCAGUGCUGGCCGAUGCGCUGAAGACGUCCCAGCCGACCGGCGGGGCUUGGGGUCGCAUAGAGAAGGCGUUUCAGAAGCUGGGCGAGAGCAAAGAAAAUCUGGACAGCUGGCUGGGACUGCUGCCGAGCGAGUCUGAAUACUUUUCAAUCGUGUGUGGUGGGCUGAAGAUGGUCGUUUCGGUAAGCCGCCCAUUUGUAUACUGCGGCGAAUUGCAUCUUCCAUCUGGAUCUUCGGUGCUGACAAUGAAGGCGGCUGCUCGCAUGAGCCAUGUCAAGGACGCCGUCAUGGAGGCGUUGCUGCAGAUUCCCUUCCUUCUCAACAGCGCACAGCGCGUGCUCGCGAUCUACGACAAGAAACCGACUCUUAUAGCCCUGAGCAAAUCCUUUUACGUCUCUAUCCUGACGGCAAUCGGCCACAUCCUCCAUUAUCUACGACAGAAAUCUGCCAAGAAGGUACUGAAAGCCAUCGUAACACCGACUUCGUUCGAAAAGGGGCUUCUCGCAAAGGUCCAGGCCAUAACCACGGCACGAGACGCCUUCAACGCCGAGGCAGAUAUCUGCCAGAAGGAGACGCUGGACGAGCUGGCCAAGGCCACGGCUGCCGGAAACGCACGGAUUCUCGAUACACUCCACGCUGUCAUAGUGGCUGCCAAUAAGGAAUACAGCCGCGUGUUGCAGGUGCUGCAACAUAGCUACAACGCCAUUGAGCAGAACCUGUUUCAGAUCAAGGACCACCUUGUCGACGUUAGGGAGACGCAGAACCGACAGGCUAUCGCCUUAGACGAGCAGACCGAAGCAAUGAAACAUUUGAUGGAGUUUAUGACAGGAAAUGCACAAGUGCUACGAACUGUCGAGGCCCUAAAUGCCCCAUUGAAUGAUCUAGCUGGGGCCGACAUUCGCACAUUUCGGCUGGCUCUACUGGCACCCAAGGCGGACAAAGAGGAACGCGUUGCUGCAUGCAAGACACUUCUCCGAAGACUCGACUACGACCUCGCUGCUACCAGUGCCGACCUUCUGGAUAUAAUGGCAGCAGCACUGCUGCACAUGCGCUCGCAGGCCAAACCCGAUGUCGUGCCGCUGUACUACUUCUGCGGCCAGCACAUUGCCAGCGGCAGCCGAGGCGGUUACCAGGAUAUGGUCAGCGGCGUGGCAAAUAGCCUGCUAGCACAGCUAGUGACAAUCUGUGGCGAAACGGAUGAGGAGGCCGGCGUGGACGUCCGGCCGGCCAUCGCCCUGGGAAAGGUCAAGCACGAUGAUGUGAAGUCGGUGCUGCGUCGUUUUCGUGCUGUAGUUCUGCAGCUUCCUGCAGAUACGAUCGUUUUCUGCAUCGUCGACGGCCUCUCUCUCUAUCUGGGCGCGCAGAGGACUGAGGCUGCGGCCGAGCAACUGCUGCAUGGGCUGCUUCGCCUGUCACGUGACAGCAAGUCGCGCAAGUCAAAACCGACCUGCACCUUCAAGUUGCUGGUGACAGCCCCAUACCGGUUUAACCCUCAUGUGGCGAGCGAGAUCGCAGAAGAGGAGGAGACGUUGAACGUUCCCUUGCGGCUUCCUCUGUCCGGGGGCUUCAACGAGAUGAAGUGGCAUCUGAGCAUAGGACAGUUGCUGGACGAGACAUCUGAGUCUGAAUAG